AAUUAUCAUUAAUCACAAAAAUACUUGUUAUGAAUAAUCAAACAUAGAAUCUUUAAAGAAUUUUAUGCCACUUAUAAUGUCCGAUACAAAUAGUUCAAAUUUAUUAAUUGGUACACCCGUCGAUUCAUAUAUAAGCGACAAUGAAGAUUAUUGCAAUAAAAAAACAUUUAAAUCACCAUCAAGUAAAGCGCAAAAAGAGCCGCCUUGUAAAUUGAACUUGAAAUCAUUAGAUUUUGACAACAACUUAGACGGAUGGAUUGAUUCUACAGAAAAUGAUCCGCUUAUAUCAGCUAAUACAUUUACAGUGACGAAAGAUAAAUUAGAAUUAGAUAGAACCAAGUUAAAAGAUGUACAAAUAAAAAUAUUGGAAAAAUUUUAUACAAUAAUUAAUAAUAUUCCUGUUUCUGUUUUAUCAAAAUUUUUGCAAUUUGAUAUUGAAUCGUAUACAAAAUUAAAUAUUUUAUAUCAAAGGAUAAGGUCAAAAAUACAUCAAAUUGAAAAAAAAUUACUUACAUUUGAUUUGGAUGAAGAACUGGGUGAAUCCAUUUCUAAUUUAGAUAAAGCUAUUCAUUUCUCUGAGAAUCAUAAUGAUUUUGUAUUUGAACCAUUACAUGGUGAAAAUGAACAUAUUUUCACAAACUGUAUUGAAAAAGACGAAAAAAUAAAAACAAACAUUAACAAAGAUGCAUCUAACAAUAAUAAUAAUAGCAAUAAAGAGGAAUUAGAUGUAAAUUAUCCUACUGAUUACAAUGCGACAAAGUUUUCAGAUACCUCAAAAUCAGAUAAUGUAAAAUUAAAAACACAGAUGACAAAAUUAAAUGAAAAAAUAAUACCAGUUGAAGUUAAAAAAGCAAGUGUAUUUAAAUUAAAAGUACCAGUUAAAGCAACAGUGUCUCCAGAAAUGUAUAAAAAGUUAAAAGAAAUGACAGAAAAGAGUCGUCAAUCUAAAUUUUAUACAAAUAACAAAAUAAAGAAUAAUGACAGAAUUACAACUGACCUUGAGCAUUCAUUGAAUAAUUAUCAGGAUAAUUUUGAAAAAAAUAUAAAUAACUUUAAUGUAUCACAUAAAUAUCAUUCUCAAGAUUUAGAAUUAAGCAAUUGUCCACAAUUUGAUACAAAGAAAGAAAAUGUAGUGACAGUUUCUCCUAUUUACAAUAUGUCAUCAAAUUAUUCUCAGACUGAUAAAAUUAUAUAUAAACAACCAAAUACAGAAAAUAAUUUAUGCGAUUCAAAAUCGGUAGAAACUCUCAAAAAUGACAAUAACGAAUGUAGUGACAAUAUUAAAUAUCCUCAUUCUCAAGAAAUGAUAAAUUUGUUUAGAAACAAAUUUAAACUCUCCAAGUUUCGGCCAAAUCAAUUGCAAGCAAUUAAUGCAACUAUGCUUCAAUUCGAUUGUUUUAUUUUGAUGCCAACGGGUGGUGGUAAAUCUUUAUGUUAUCAAUUACCAGCUCUGUUAAGCACUGGAAUAACAAUAGUUGUUUCACCGUUGAAAAGUUUAAUUUUGGAUCAAACACAAAAAUUAUCAUCAUUAAAUAUUCCAGCUGCCCAUUUGUCUGGCACUUUAACUAUCGACCAAACCGAAGCAAUAUAUAGCCAACUAUCUAAAGAAAAUCCAAUUUUAAAGUUGUUAUAUGUAACGCCAGAAAAACUCUCGGUUUCUCAAAGAUUAUGUAAUUCUCUUAAGACUCUCUAUGAACGCAGACAAUUAGCCAGAUUUGUUAUCGAUGAAGCUCAUUGUGUUAGUCAAUGGGGUCAUGAUUUUCGACAAGAUUACAAAAAAUUACGAGAAUUAAGAAGAAAUUAUUCUACAGUGCCUAUAAUGGCUUUAACUGCUACAGCUACACCAAGAGUUAGAACAGAUAUUUUAUGUCAAUUGGGUUUGACCUCUCCUAAAUGGUUUAUUUCAAGUUUCAAUAGGCCAAAUUUACGUUAUAGUAUUAUAAAUAAAAGUCAUAAAAAUUCAUCCGAUGAAGUAAUUGGAUUAAUAAAAAUUAAGUUUAAAAAUGAUUGUGGUAUUAUUUACUGUUUAUCUCGUAAAGAUUGUGAUGAUUAUGCUCGACAAAUGAAAAUGAAUGGAAUUAAAGCACUGAGUUAUCAUGCAGGGCUUACAGAUAAGCAACGAACUGAAAUUCAAAAUCAGUGGAUAUCUGAAAAGAUUAAGGUUGUGUGUGCCACUAUUGCUUUUGGAAUGGGAAUAGAUAAACCUAAUGUUAGAUUUGUUAUUCAUGCCAUACUUCCAAAAUCAAUCGAAGGUUAUUAUCAAGAAAGUGGUAGAGCUGGAAGAGACUCUAAAAGUGCAGAAUGUAUUUUAUUUUAUAACUACAAGGAUAUGUAUAGACAUAAAAGAAUGAUAGAGACAGACGCAGCAUCUAAUAAAAAUACUCAGAAAAUACACAUUGAUAAUCUUAAGCAAAUGGUGUCUUUCUGUGAGAAUACAAGUGAUUGUCGAAGAGCAUUACAAUUGAAUUAUUUUGGUGAAGUAUUUAAUCGUAAAUUUUGUAUAUCGAAUAAAGAGACAGCAUGUGAUAAUUGUAGAAAUCAGGGACAAUUUCAUAAUUUAAAUAUUACUGAAGAUGCAAAAGCACUUGUGACUAUCGUUCAAGAUUUGACUAAAAACAAUAGAUUAACAGUUUUACAAAUUGUUGAAAUUUAUAAGGGUAACAGCCUUACUAAAAUGAAAGAUUCAGGAUACGACAAACAUCGAUUUUAUGGGAAAGGAAAAUCAUUGGCAGAACAUGAUAUCGAAAGGUUAUUGCAUAAAUUAGUAAUUGAAAAUUAUCUUGAAGAAACCAUGUAUGUAAAUAAUGAAAUUACUUACGCUUAUCUAAAACUUGGUUCAAAUGCUAAAAUAUUAAUGACUUCAAGCACGCUCAAGCUAUAUUUACAAAUAAGAAAAACAAUAGAUAAUUCAUCUGCCAGGGCAACUGUUUCUGCUGUCUUACUCGCUGAUAAUAAAGCUUUGACAGAAAUACAACAACGUUGCUAUACAGAAUUAGUUCAAAUUAUUAGAGGACUAGCUAAUGGAUUAAAUAUUUCUAUAAAUUCUGUCAUAGAUUUGGAUGCGCUUCAAAUUAUGAGUAAACAGUUGCCUGAAAGUGAAGAAGCUAUGUUAAAAAUAGAUCGUAUCACAAAAGCCAAUUAUGAUAAAUAUGGAAAAAGUUUACUUAAUAUCACUCAAAAAUAUGCCUUGGAAAAAAAUGAACUAUUGAAAAAAUGUAAAUCAAGUAAAACAUCUUAUCUUAACAAAAACUCAAAAGAUAAUCAUUGUAUAAAAUAUACAAAGGCUGUAAAAGGAAUAAAACGAAAGAGAGCCACAAGAAAAUGUAGUAGUAAAACGAAAAAAUAUAAGUACUCUGAAAGUUGUAGAGAAUGAUCUAAGUUUGUUCAAUUUUAUAUUAUAUAUAUAUAUAUAU